AUGGGAAAUGUGGAGAGUCAGAAUGGAGACAGUGGUUACUAUGGCAAUGGGACAGGACAUUUGUCCCGUAAGAAUACAUCCCGUUCACUUCGCCUCUCUAACAAACAGCCCGUCACCCGCCGUCCGAGGCACUCCUCCUCAGUGAAACAGGAACACAGGAACUCUGAAACCUCCACUCGUUCUUCCAGCACCCCCAGCAUCCCACAAUCCUUGGCAGAGAAUGGACUGGAACUUUUCAACACUGGAGAUGAGCUUGGAGAGUUUGGCAUCAAUCCACACUGGACGCAACGUGUCGCCAUGACAAUGAGGCCAGAGUCCUAUCAGCAAGACGAUGACCCGUUGGCGACACCCACUCCAGAAACCUCAGAGGCAGACACCGUGGCUCAGGAUGCUGGAGAGGACUCCAUGGGGGAUGGGCGAGAAAAUGUUACUGUGGAGGACAGGUAUCUUCAGCGAAUGACUGAGGUUCCCCGCGAGGGAGGGAAUUUUAAAAAGAAGCGAUCAAAGUCAGCCGACAUGUGGAGAGAAGAUAGCCUGGAGUUUUCUCUCUCUGACCUGAGCCAGGAGCAUCUCACCAGCACUGAGGAAAUGAUCGACGGAGGAGAGGAUGAGGAGGAAGAACAGUUCACAUGUCCCAGAGGCAGUGCAGGCUCAGCCGAAAGGGCAUCUUCUCUGGACCAUCUGUGCAGCCAGCAGAGUCCCGGCCUCCGGGGGCAGAGGAGUCGCUAUGUCAAAAAUAGCAGACAAGCAGAGUGUGACGGAGGUGGAGAAGAGGAUGAUAGCUUGAUGUCUCCAACUGAAGAGGAUGGCGGUGGGUACGGAGCGUUCACGCUCCCCUGUCGGCGCUCUCACUGCCUCUCCGAGGGCUUGUCGGCUCUGGGGAUCCCUGCUGCACCAUGCCCUGCCUUCCAAGGACGACGUGCACAGACUACCCAGGACAUCUCUGGUGUCCUGGGUGAGGGAAGUGAGUAUGGUGACAGCGGGAUCGAUGGAGUUGUCACAGAGAUGGAUGGAGAUGGAGAACUGGUGUCCCGGCGCUGUAAGGCCAUGUCAGCUUCUUUCUCGGUGUACUCGGCCACCGAGAGCAGCGUGUUUAACGGGAGCGACAGCGGCAGCAGCAGCACAGGUGGAGGAGAGGGACGGGGGGGCGACGGAGUUAGGGGAGGAGUGUAUGAAAACUUCCGGAAGGAACUGGAAAACCAAGUGUGGACGAAUCGGGGCCGGGACGGCACAGAGGAGGCAGGCUCAGCUGCGAGCGACGAGCAGAGCAGCGGCACGCUCAGCAGCCUGUAUCCAUCUGACAGUGCCACUGGAUGUGCACAGGGCACAGUCAGGAAAGCUGGGGCCCUGGCUGUGAAGAACUUCCUGGUUCAUAAGAAGAACAAGAAGGUGGAACCUGCAACGAGGCGCAAGUGGAAACAUUACUGGGUGUCUCUGAAAGGAUGCACCCUUUACUUGUAUGAAUCUGACGGUCGCUCGGGCAUUGACCAUAACAGUGUACCUAAACAUGCACUGUGGGUGGAGAACAGCAUUGUCCAAGCUGUGCCUGAACACCCCAAGAAAGACUUUGUCUUCUGCCUCAGCAACUCAGUGGGAGAUGCUUUCCUCUUUCAGACAUCCGGCCAAACUGAACUGGAAAACUGGAUCACGGCUAUCCACUCUGCAUGUGCUGCUACUCUUGCUCGACAACACCACAGGGAGGACACAGUGCGAUUCCUUCGAACCGAGAUUCGCAAGCUAGAGCAGAAGAUCGACAUGGAUGAGAAAAUGAAGAAGAUGGGCGAUAUGCAGUUGUCCACUGUCAAUGACGCCAAGAAGAGAAAGACCAUACUUGAACAAAUCUUCUUGUGGGAGCAGAACCUGGAGCGGUUCCACAUAGAACUCUUCCGUUGUCGCUGCUACCUGGCCAGUCUGCAGGGCGGCGAGCCUCCCAACCCCAAACGCCUCCUGGGUUUCGCCUCGCGCCCCACCAAACUGGUCAUGGGUCGCCUGGGCAUCUUCUCUGUAUCUUCCUUCCACGCACUGGUAUCCGCCCGUACCGAAAGCUGUGCCAGGAGGCGGAAUCAGCCCAUGUCUCGUACCUUUAGUAAACGCCGCAGCCGUUUCUCUUCGCUCUGGGGUCUGGACACCGUAUCCAAGAGGAAGACCAAAGGACAUCUAUCUGUUGACCAGGUCUUUGUCGAUGGGAUGGAACCAGUAAGAAAACCAUUGGAGAGCAUGUUUGAAGACUCCGUCAGUGAGAAAUCAAAAAAAACUGAAGACUCGGUGAAAAGUCUUCCUCAGCCAAAUGCAGAGAGUGAUAUUUGGGUUCCUGAGUUCCUAAAACCGUCCUGGGUGUGUCUGCCGAACGAUCAGCCUGUGCUGGCCAUCAUACAGCCUGGAGUGACGGCGCUGGAAGUCCUGAGCACCGUCUGCAAGACCCAUAAGAUUGAGCCCUCUGGACACUAUCUGCGAGUAAAGGUGUGGGUGGACCACCAAAUGCUUUUUUAUGUUCCCAAAUUUGAGGAGGACAUCUCUGAUCUGCUCUACAAAGAGGUUGAGAUUUGUCCCAAAGUCACCAAAGUGAUCCGGUUUGACAAAGCAGAGUCCAGCACCAUUGGAUAUGGCUUUUCUGUGGCAGUUGUGGAUGAGGACGGAGUGCAGCAGCUCCACAUUACCGAUGUUAAACCAGGAGGACUGGCUGCAGCCAAAGGUCUGAAAGCAGGGAGUGAGAUUCUGUUCCUUAAUGGUAAACCUGCAUCUGCCCUCCAACUGGAUGAUAUGAAGGCUGCGUUUGUGAACCAUAUGCUCACCCUGAGCAUCAGCACCCUGCCCCAGCUGGAUCCUCAGGUGCUGUGCGCCCAUCCACCCCGGCGUUCUGAAGGGGAGCAAGACCUAGCAACUGACAUCUUCUCCCAGAGCCAAGAGGACAUCCUGGAUGAAGUGUCGGGUUUGACCGUUGAGAGCCUGGAGGACACCUCAGAGGCAGGAUGUGGUCUGACCCUGCAGAGCCCAGGAAGUCAUCCGGAAGACAGAUCCUUUGUAGGAGCUGGGCUAAAGAGCACAGAGCAGGUCACUGCUUUCUGCCGCAGUCUCCAUGACAUGAACCCCCAUGAGUGUCCCGUUUCCUCCUCAUCGUCGUCUUCGUCGUCCCUCUCCCCAAGCCCCGUGUCGGCUUUACCGCCCACGGCAGGCUUUGCCACCCAGAGACAACUCUCUCACGCAGACAAACUGCGCAAGGUCAUCGGGGAACUCGUGGAGACGGAGAAGACAUACGUCAAAGACCUGCGCUGCCUGAUAGAGUGCUACUUAACACCUUUACAGAAAGAGAGCUUCCUUUCACAAGAUGAGCUGGACGUUUUGUUCGGUAACCUCGGGGAGAUGGUGGAAUUCCAGGUGGAGUUUCUGAGGACACUGGAAGAUGGAAUCAGACUGGUUCCAGACCUGGAUCGACUGGAGAAAGUUGAGCAGUUCAAGAAGGUGCUGUUUUCCUUAGGCGGUUCAUUUCUUUAUUAUGCUGAUCGCUUUAAGAUCUACAGUGCUUUCUGUGCCAGUCACACCAAGGUCCCCAAGGUGCUUGCUAAAGCUAAAACUGACCCAGAAUUCAAAGCUUUCCUGGCUGAGAGAAACCCCAGACAGCAACAUUCAUCUACUCUAGAGUCUUACCUGAUCAAACCCAUCCAGAGAGUUCUGAAGUACCCUCUGCUGCUGAGGGAACUCUACUCUCUCACAGACCCCGACAGUGAAGAACAUUAUCACCUGGAUGUUGCGAUGACGGCCAUGAAUAAAGUUGCAAGUCACAUCAAUGAGAUGCAGAAGCUUCAUGAGGAGUAUGGAGCUGUUUUUGACCAGCUCAUCAAUGAACAAACUGCAGAUAAAAAAGAGGUGCCUGACCUUUCGAUGGGUGAUCUGUUGUUGCAUUCCACUGUGAUUUGGAUGAACCCUCCAUCCUCUUUGGUGAAGAGCAAAAAAGACCCCGAAUUGGCAGCCUUUGUGUUCAAAACGGCAGUUGUAUUUGUAUACAAAGACUGCGCCAAGCACAGGAAAAAAAUCGGCGGAUCUCAUCGGGCAUCUGUGAGUGAUGACAAAGAUCCUUUCCGUUUCCGUCACAUGAUUGCUACUGACUCUCUCCAAGUCCGUGCUAUUGCAAACUCUGAAUCCAACAGAGUGUGUGAAAUAGUCCACACAAGGUCAGAAUCAGAAGGACGACCAGAGAGAACCUUCCAGAUGUGCUGCAGCUCUCCAGACAGCAAGAAAGACUUCCUGAAAGCAGUCCACUCCAUCCUGAGGGAGAAACAACGGCGCCAGCUUCUUAAGACGGAGUCUGUCCCACCCAGCCAGCAGUAUGUCCCAUUUGGUGGUAAACGCCUAAGUGCUCUCAAAGGCUCUAGGCCUGCGUUUAACAGAGCAGCGUCGGCUCCAUCUCGAACGCUGGCUCGCAGAACGCUGGUGAGAAACCGCAUCACCAUUGACACCGAUCUCGUUUUCCACGGCAACAACAACGGCGAUGAUGCUCACCCCCUCCAAAAGCCGCCCGGCGCUUCCUCCGACUCAUUUCACCAGCACCCCCAUCAGUCCCUUAAACCUCAGGCCGAGGACACCGAUCGCUGGGUGGAGGAGCAGUUUAACUUGGGUUGCUACGAAGACCAGUGCGACGGUAUCGAUGGAAGGCAAGUGAAGGAGACGGACAUUUUGAGCGACGACGAUGAAUACUGCAAGUCUGUUCGCUCUGCGUCAGCGGAGCCGGAAACCCUGGAGGGAGACACGGAAGCACUGAGCUUACAAGACAAAGAGGUCAAGCUGAAGGGACCAGUGGAGACCAGAAGUGAGAGCACGCAGAGUGUGAAAGCCGGCCAGAUGAAGCCGGGGGAUGACUCAUCAUCUGUGGACUCCUUCACCUCCUGUGGUGUUUCCGUCCCCCGCUGUGUGAAGCUCACCCCUCUGAAGCAGUGUGCUGUGGAGGGGGCCACAAACCAGGAUGGGGAUGUGAUAUGGGUGCGGCGCGAUGACUUUUCCAACAGCAGCACCCUGUGA